AUGAAUGAUGUAAAGAAAAAAGAAAUGAAAUCAAUGGAGUACAGUGAUUCCAUGGCAGGGUCUCCAAACGAUUUCUGCAGAACAGAUUUGGAUGGAAUAGAGUGCAAUCAUGAAAGCCCAGAGUUGGGGGUUGAAAUUGGAACUUCUGGGGAUUUAGUUAAUUCUAGAACAUGCGAAGGCUUGGAAAUCAAGGCAGGAAGUGAAAGAGGUAGUUCAGAUAGUGUGGAGAGCCAGCAGACAAGGAGUAUUGCACCUUACAAUAGAUUUUUGAUAUUGUUAAAGGAUAAAACGUGCAGUGAAAUAGUCUUUUUAAUUGCAAAGUUUGUACAACAAUAUCCACGACUGGAUGAAGGACUACUAGAUUUAAUUUACGGUGAAAGCAGAGAAAAAUUUGAUCUAGAGAAAAUCAUCAAUGGGAAUGAAGAUAUAGGCACUAAGGCUCUUGCAAAUAUGCUACAUUCAUUUGUAGAUUUUUGUGGGAAUCUACUUAAAGAAACCAAAAUUUUUGAGAAAGUAGGUAAGGAAGAAGAGGAGAGAAUAUUUAUUAUAGAAGGUCUUGAAAAAUUGGUAACGACAAAACUAUACAAUGUUUUAUUUGAUGCAGUUUCAUUUGAGAAUGAUGAUGUAGACCAUUAUUUGUUUAGGAAGUUGAAAGUUUUAAAAACUUUUGUGAAGCUUGACCACUUUGAUAUUUCAAAACAAUACGUUGAGACUCUUCAAUCAGAUAGUUUAUGGCUGGAUAUUUGCAAGAACGAGUUGUAUAAGUUUAUUAGGGUAAAGUCCCCAAAAGAUAAGGUGGUAUUAAUAGUAAAUAUAUGCAAGAUACUUUUAUCAUAUAUGAAUAAUAUUAAUAAAAAGAGUUUUGAAAAAGAUCCAAAUUCACGAGAGGGAGGAAUUCCGUCUCCUCCAGCUGCAGAUGAUUUACUUCCAUUAUUAAUAUUCUGCAUAAUUCAAAGUAAUCCAACAAAAAUUAAAACUCACAUAGAAUUUAUUUCACUAUUCAGAAAUUCUAUUUUACUGGUAUCUGAAGAUUUAUAUUUUUUCACUCAUUUUUUUUCAGCAGUUACAUUUUUGGAAAAGUUAGAUGGUAGACAGAUACAACUUAAUAUAGAAACUACUCAAUUUGAGGAGCAAUUUAAAUUAUCAGAGAAGAAAUUAUUUGGAAAUAAUCUAAUGCAUUUAUUAUCACCUUAUUCUGAUUCUAGAGUGAAUUAUCAAGAAAAACAAAAUAAGUUUGAAGAAAUUACAAAUCAAAUUUCAUCUCUGAAGUUUAAUUUUCAAAAUUAUACUUCGUCUGAUGAGUUAAGAAUUGCUGAUAUACCCAAAUUAUUUCAAGAAUAUAAACAAUUGUUGGGUCUAUUUAAAGAAUUAAAGCAAAAUACAGAGUAA